GAGAGAAGAAGAGACUGCGGCAGAGCAGGAGCCAUUGGGGCCAUUGGGGCAGCACAGGGAAUGGCCCAGAGUGUGAUCUAUGCUGACCUGAAGUUCAGCACAGCCCCCGAUGAGGAUGACAGCCCCUAUGAGAAUGUGACCCUGGGGCAGCCAGCUCCAGCAGCACCCAGCACAGGGUGCUGGCUCCGGCGAUGGCGUCUCCCUGUGUGGCUGCUGGCAGCCACCCUGCUGCUGCUGCUGCUGGUGGCCACUGUGGCCCUGGGGGCUUGCUACUGGCAGGUGACCCGCAGGAUGCAGGACACCUCCCGGGAGCACGUGGCCGAGCAGGGCCGCCUCUCGCAGGAGGUGAGCGACCGGGAGCGGAGCCUGGAGCAGGCGCGGCUGGAGCUGGCGUGGGCCCGAGCGGAGCUGCAGCGAGCGUGGAGCGAGGGGAACGGCAGCCGGGCGGAGCUGGGCAGGCUGGGCUCCGAGCUGGAGCGUGUCACGGGGGUCCUGGGGAGGACGCAGAAGGAGCUGCAGGAGUUGCAGGGGCAGCUCAACAGCACCCAGGACACCGUGAGCAGGCUGCGCGCCUGCGUGAACACAGAUUGCUGCCCCCCAGGCUGGGUGCUCUACAGGAGCAAGUGCCUCUUCAUCUCUGUGGGGCGGGACUCAUGGGUGAGCAGUGACCGGGACUGCAGAGAGAGAUCUUCUCAGCUGCUGGUCCGAGGCGACUGGCCGGCAUUGUCUGUGCCGCUUCUCUACCCACAGCACUUUUUGGAGAUGACACCUUUAUUUUACUGGAUUGGAGGGAGAGAUGAAAGUCAGAUGUCGGACGAAGAGUCCACUACGUUCCAUUUUUGUCCUGCGAUAAUUAAUGGAAAGAUAGGAAAACAGUUCUGUUCUGCAUAUUUUCCAUGGAUCUGUGAGAAGUCCCCAAAUCUGAGCAGUCCUUUCAAGACCAUCUCUCUUCUCCCAGACAAGUGGUGAACUCUGAGGCUUCUAUUCCAUCACUCAUGGGUAGGGUCUGGGGUGCAAAGACACCCUUUUCCUCCUGCACAGCUACAUCCCUGAGCACUGUUGCCUCAGCUGCAUUGGGAAGGUCUGGGGAUACAUGUUGAAAAAGAAGGUAUCUACCUUAGAAAACAAGACUUAAGGAAAAGA